GCUUGAAUCCCACCAAAGGAUGGUCCGUCGUUUCUAAGGACGACGCGGGGCUGAGAAUCAUUCAUACUCAUCCCAAGAAAGACCGACCACCGCCCUUCUCUCUCCUCCCACUUCUCCUUCUCCUUCUCCUUCUCCUUCUCUCUCUCUUUCUCUCUCUCUGUCCAUCUCGCGCUCGCCAUCGCUAUUGGGGAAUUAAGACCCAGCAGUACUGACAGAGGCACAGAGCUCGCUCGCUCGCUCGCUCGCAGACCCCAGAAAAAGGGUAAAAGAAAAGAGGAAAAAUAACCAAGAAAUAAAAAAAAAAAAAAAGGGAGAGAAAUUUCGGACUGUGUAGGAAUCAAGAACUCUCUCCUCCCUCGCCGUACCCUUUAUUUUGUUGCUCAAGUAAUUCCCGAUUCCCCUCCGUCUUCCUCUGCUCAUCUCAUCAUCAUUUCCUCCGCCGCAUUCCCCAGGCUGUAGAUUUUUGGGUUUGCAGUAGAUUUUCCGGUGAGCCCGAGAAUCGCCAUCGGCGAAUGGCUGUUGUCGAGAAUGGCGGCGGCGGCGGCGUCGAUUUGGGUCGGAACCUGGAGAAACCAUCUCAGGACCCGCCCCUGCCCGGCGAUCAGGACCAUCCCAAGCAGACCCAUCUGCGGUCCCGCAUGGAUCCGACCCUGAACGGUGGCAAUGGCCCCAUCCUCCGCCCCCACCACCACGAUCAGCCGCUCUACCUGGGCCACGGCCGCCCGCUCGUGCCCAACGGGGGCGAUCUGCCGCGGGGCGGUGAGGCUGGGGAGAAUUUCAAGCGGGACAUCAGGGAGCUGCAGGAGCUGUUCUCGAAGCUGAACCCGAUGGCCGAGGAGUUUGUGCCGCCCUCGCUCACCGGCAACGGGUUUAACGGGAGGUUUAUUGGGAGCAACUUCAACGGCAAUGGGAAUGGUGGUUUGGCGACGAACGGUGGCGGCCGGAAUGGGCAGAUGAACGGCAUCGCGGGCCGUCGGAAGAAGAACUUUAAUCAAGGCAAACGGAGGAUUAAUAGCAGGACAAGUAUGGCUCAGCGAGAAGAAAUAAUUCGGAGGACAGUUUAUGUGUCUGACAUUGACCAACAGGUCACUGAGGAGCAACUUGCAGCUUUAUUUGUCGGCUGUGGGCAGGUUGUGGACUGUCGUAUUUGUGGUGACCCCAAUUCCGUACUUCGCUUUGCCUUUAUUGAGUUCACGGAUGAAGAAGGUGCAAUGGCUGCCCUCAACUUGUCAGGGACAAUGCUUGGAUUCUACCCUGUGAGAGUGCUGCCCUCUAAAACAGCUAUCGCACCAGUUAACCCGACAUUUUUGCCAAGGAAUGAGGAUGAGCGGGAGAUGUGCACAAGGACCAUAUAUUGUACAAACAUUGAUAAGAAGGUUACUCAAGCAGACGUUAAACUAUUUUUUGAGUCCGUCUGUGGAGAGGUUUAUCGUUUGAGGCUACUAGGAGACUAUCACCAUUCUACUCGAAUUGCUUUUGUUGAGUUUGUAAUGGCUGAAAGUGCUAUUGCUGCCCUCAACUGUAGUGGCGUGGUUCUUGGAUCACUACCCAUAAGGGUGAGCCCAUCGAAAACGCCUGUUCGCCCACGUGCCCCUCGCCUGCCGAUGCAUUGACCGUUCUCAGCACCUGACUUUGUCACCAUCUGGAUAUAUAUUCGAACGCAUGAUUAUCCCUUCUUCAAUGUAAAAAUUGCUCUUUGGCCAUCUGGCUUAUCUCUGUCUUAUAGAUACGGUCAUCCACUUCGAUAUGAAAGCUUACCAUAGGCGUCCAUGUUUUGUUUAUUCUCACUUAUAGAGUUGUUGGAUGGAACUUUGAGGCUCUAAGAGAUUGAUGUUACUAUAGUUGGUUCAUCACUCUUCUGGACAUGGGAUGCUUUUUUAAGUAUAGAAUGCUCCCUGAGCACUAGCAGAUUCUGACAUGGUCUUUUGAACUGACCCCGACAAAUCGGUUAGUUUUGAUGCUUAUGAGUUCUUGUUCAUGCUCGGUUGUUCGAGUUUUGACUUAUCAUGAAAAUAUUAGCUUGAAAAUCUGUGUCCAGUUGUCCACAUGGUCGCAAA